ACGGAGCAAGGAAGAGACAAGGAUAGGUCCGUGGAAGAGGUUGGGACACGGGCAGGCUGCAGGAAAGAAGAGGGAGAAGGAAGGAAGUGGAUUCAACGCUACAAUUUGGAAAAAAAUAUGGGUGGGGUGCAAUCCCUGGGAUUGCCUUCUGCGACAGGACCCCAUAAAGUUGGCUGCACAGAUAUUAUGACUGAUCACAGAAGGAAGGGCAGUUUCUUUCGUUUGUACUAUCCCUGUGAGGCUUGUGGAGAAGUGAAGCACCCACUAUGGAUUCCGAACUACGAAUAUUGCAAAGGCCUUGCAGAUUAUCUGAACAGAGACAAGAGGUGGUGUGCUCCCUUGCUCAACAUGGCAUUUGGUUAUUAUGAAGUCCCGGUUGGAUGGGAUGCUUCUUUCAGAGCUGCAGAGAAGUACCCACUGAUUAUAUUUUCUCACGGUCUUGGGGCUUUCAGGACCGUGUACUCUGCUGUCUGCAUCGAGUUGGCUUCUCAAGGAUUUAUUGUCGCUGCUGUUGAGCACAGAGAUGAAUCAGCUUGCACAACCUUUUUUCUCAAGUCGUCUGUUCAGAAUUUGGAACCAUCAGUUGGAGCAACAACUGCACUAGAGCAGUCUCUUGAGGGAUCUGAGAUCCCCCCAUCCUCUCUAGCUGAGAUGGAAGAAGAAUGGCUCCCAUACAGGAAACUAGAUACAGCCGAGGAAGAUUUUGCCCUCCGGAAUAAACAGCUGUGCCAUCGAGUGGAGGAGUGCAGCCGGGUUUUGGAUGUACUUAGAGACAUCAACAAUGGAAAACUCAUCAAAAACUACCUUCCUGGUCAUUUGGAUCUCUCCGUUAUGAAGGCCUGCAUUGAUCUGAAGAGGGUGGCAGUAAUGGGUCAUUCAUUUGGAGGCUCCACAUCAAUUCUGGCAAUUACUAGGGACUCACGGUUCAGAUGUGCAGUGGCCUUGGAUAGCUGGAUGUUCCCACUGACGGAUGAUAUUUAUUCCAAAGCGUUGCCUCCUGUGUUCUUUGUGAACUCUGAGAAAUUCCAGACCAGUGACAGCAUUGAUAAAAUGAAGAGGCUGCGUUCAAAUAACAAUGAGAUCAAAAUCAUCACCAUAAUAGGGUCAGUGCAUCAGAGUCAGACGGACUUCACAUUACUGACUGGGCAGUUGCUCAGCUUGGCUUUCGAAACAAAGGGAACCAUAGAUCCUAUAAUGGGUCUGAACAUUACCAAUAAGGCCUCUUUGGCUUUCUUGCAGAGACAUCUGGAUCUACAAAAGGACUUUGACCAGUGGAAUGCUCUUUUAGAAGGGGAUGGAGAACAUGUGGCACCUGUAAACUGAACCCCAUCUUCAGAACCAUUUUGAUGUUUGACAUGGAAUCCAACUGAUUAUUGAUGCAAAUGCUGUUGAAAUUGUGCAUCGAUGACUGAUCCUCUGUGGGUUAAGUAAUUGGAUCUUAUGUUUGUGAUCCUAAAUGAUACAUGGUGUGGAACUGCUGUCACUCGUGCACAAAAUUUGACCUGCAUCAUAUGAAUGUAUUUGCUUCCUGUAAAACACUCUCAAUAUUCAGCACAUAUAACUUUAAAGAAAAUCACCUUUAUUUCCUGAAUGAUGGGAAUGUAUGUCUGUGUUGACUGUAGUGCUGUAGUCACUGAAUCUGAGUUGGCAUUCAUUCAAUUUGAGCCUUUGCAACAAUCAGCACUUUUGAGAGCUGUGAUGAACAUUGUUUCCAUGUGUUUUCAUUGGGCUGUGGUUACAGUACUGAACUGCAAUUAUCAAGAAUUAUCUGAUGAAUCCACGAAAAUGGAAAUAUUUGAAGAUUGCAAAGCUUCUCCAUGGACAAUGGCAAUACCUGCAUCUUUGAGGAAUGCAGGGUUUUCUGACCAUGCUCAGUUUUGUAUUAAAAUUAUUUUGUGUAUUUCUUGAGUACUAUUGGGAAUUUGCAGCUCUGUCCACCAAUAACUGGCACAGGAUUAAUCUGCACACUGUUCAUAUAUUAGAAUCAUAAAUGUUUCGAAGAAUUAA